AUGGCGACCACCACAUCAACUCUCGAAGCCCGACAUAGUCCAUCAUUGAAACUGCCCCAUCAUGAUCCUCUCUACUUGCCGGUCAAUCGCUUCAACACCAUCGAUGGUCUCCUCAAGUCACACGCUGCAGAGUCCGAGCAGAAGCCAUUGAUAUGCUAUCCCAAGUCCGGAGCUGCAGAUUUCGAAGAGCACACUGCUGCAGAUAUUGAUCGAUAUACCGAUUCCGCCGUCGAGUACUAUCUCGCCAAUGGCCUCCAGCCUGCUGAUCCACUUGCAGAGGUUGCUCCAGUUGCGGCUUUGCUUGCCACUACAAGCUUUGAAUUCGUCGUUUCCAUCUUUGCUCUGAACCGGUUGGGUUGGACAAUUCUCUUCUUGUCCACUCGCUUGACCGCUCCUGCCUAUGCACGUUUGCUUGAAAUGGCUGACUGCAAGACCAUAAUCAUACCGGAUCAGCACAGACAGCUCAUAGAAGACAUUUGCGAAUUUCGCCCCGGCUGUGUCGCCAUUCCCAUCCUGCAGAGGAAGCACUAUCGAGACUGCUCACCAUCACCAGUAUAUCGUAGACACGGCGUUGAUCCUGCAGUAGAGGGCAAGAAAAUGGCUUGGAUCCUGCAUUCUUCCGGCUCCACUGGAUUCCCCAAACCAAUCUUUCUAUCAAACUUUGCAUGUCUCGCCAACUGCCGCAAGAGCUUUGGUCUUCGAGUCUUCUGCAUAUCUCCCCUCUUCCACUCACAUGGCUUGUUUGAGCUAGGACGCGCAUUCUAUACCAGGUCUACCAUGUACCUUGGUAAUCAUUCGAUGCCCGUUACUGCUCAGAAUCUCAUCGAUGCGUUGAAGGUUGCCAGACCGCAACAGAUCACUGCCGUACCUUAUGUUAUUCAACUCCUUGCUGAAAAACCCGAGGGUGUUGAACUGCUGGCCGACGCCAAACUUGUGCUUUUCGGGGGAAGUAGUUGCCCUGAUGAGCUUGGAGAUCGACUGGUCGCAAAUGGAGUGAAUCUCGUGGCGAAUUAUGGAUCGACUGAGACUGGUCAGAUCAUGACAUCCUUCAGACCACACGGAGAUACGGAAUGGCAGUACUUUCGGCUUGUUAAACCAGCUGCCGACUUUACGUUGAUGGACGAGAUUGCCCCUGGCGUGUUCGAAUGUGUUGGGUUGGAUGGUCUUCCUUCCAAAGGUCCAAGCAAUUCCGUGCCACCUUACAGUGCUUCGAAUCCAGAGAAUAGUUUCCGCACAGCAGAUCUCUUCACUCGGCAUCCGGACCCAGAGAAGUCCAAUCGCUACAAGUAUCUCUCCCGACUGGAUGAUCGGAUCACACUUGUGAACGGCGAGAAAGUUCUGCCUAUUCCUAUCGAGGGACAGAUCCGGCAGGAUCACCUCGUGCGAGAAGCUGCCGUGUUUGGGUUCCAACGAACGGUGCCUGGACUUCUCCUCUUCCGAUCGGAUGACAAAGGUACAGACUUGAACGAUGAUGAGUACCUCUCUGCUGUGUGGCCAUCUAUAGAGAAGGCCAAUCGCCAGGCCGAGUCGUUCUCCAGAAUUCCAAGGGAAUUGGUGGUGGUAAUUGGAGCCGACGUCAUAUAUCCAAAGACCGAUAAAGGGACGUUCAUCCGCGCUCAAGUGUACCAGCAGUUCGCGGAAGAGAUCAAAGCAGCAUACGAAGCGUUCGACAAUGCCAACAACAGCACAUCCGGAUCUCUACAGCUGACGAUUCCCGAACUGGAACAAUGGCUCCUCUCACAAUUCUCAACCGAGCUGGAGAUACAUCUACCUUCUGCUGACACCGAUAUCUUCUCCGCCGGAGUCGACAGUCUACAAACCACGCGAAUAUGGCGCAUCAUCAAGCGCGAUCUUGAUCUUGGCCAAGCAGAAGMAAACCUGAGCCAGAAUAUAGUAUUCGAAAAAGCCACAGUGCGACAGCUCGCCAGAUAUCUCCACCAAUUAAGGACUGGAGAAGACGCCGGAGAGUCCGAAGAUGAAAUCAAAGUUAUGAAAGAGAUGGUUGAUCGAUACUCGAAUUUCACUCAUCAUUUCCCUGCUCAGAGCCAUUUCCCUCUUGGUCAGAAUCAAAAUCAAAUCGUAGCGGUAACUGGAGCGACCGGAAACCUCGGAGCAUUCAUCGUAGCAGAAUUAGCAAAACGUCCCGAAGUAACUGAGAUCUGGGCACUCGUGAGAGCUCCCGGACAAGCAGCAGCUGGAGCUCGUCUCAUUCAAUCCCUCAAAUCCCGCGGCAUACAUCUCACAGAGCACCAAAACUCCAAAAUCCGCGCCCUGCCAUCAGAUUUCAGCAAAGUAGACCUGGGACUCGAUCAGCAUGACCUGGAUCACUUCUUAACAUCACUCACUCAUGUCAUCCACUCUGCAUGGGCUGUGAAUUUCAAUCUCGGAGUUCGCAGUUUCGAAGCUCAACAUAUUCGCGGGACUUACAAUCUCAUUAAUCUCUGUCUUCGCAGCCGCCUCCCAAAGCCCGCAAGGUUCUUCUUUUGUAGCAGUGUCAGCGCCGCGAUAUCAACUCCUCCACCAGCUAUAAUUCCCGAAACGGCAGUGGAGAAUUUCGAACAUGCUCAGCGGAUGGGAUAUGGCCGGAGUAAACUUGUCACGGAACAUAUUACUCGCCACGCAAUGCGACAGACGGGAAUGCAAGCUCGAGUUCUAAGGAUUGGACAGUUGAGUGGGGAUACUUCUACGGGAUACUGGAAUGAGACGGAAGCUAUCGCAUUGAUGAUCAGAAGUGCUUUAACGACGGGAACUUUGCCUGAAAUUGAUGAGAGGCUGAGUUGGUUGCCUGUGGAUAUCUGCGCGAAAACAGUCGUGGAAAUCUCGCUUUCGGACUCUGUCGUCGCGGAGUCAAGACGUGCGGAUGAUGCGGAUCUGGUCUAUCAUCUCGUCAACCCAGAGACUUUUAGCUUCAAGCGCGAUUUACUUCCUGCGCUUAAGAGAUGCUCGAAGAUGCCGCCUUUUCAGAUUGUUAGUCCGGCUGAGUGGUUGGAGAGACUUUCCAAUAGCGAGCAGGACCCGGUGAAGAAUCCUAGUAUCAAGCUUCUUGAUUUCUGGCGCAGGAAAUAUGGGGGAGUAGCGAGCUCAGUGGCGGAUGAGGUGGAGCCUGUUGGGUUGACUUUCGAGACAUUGAAGACCAUUCAAGAUUGUCCUUCUCUGGGAUUUGUGAAGGAUCCUGUUAGUGUGGGAUUGGUUGAGAAGUAUCUUGAGGUGUGGCUUUCAAGGUGGCUCUCAUAA